CGGUGACGCCAUCUCCCGGCGGCGCGCUGGCGCCGAGGCGCUAUGCCGGGCCGCCGGUCCUCCAGAGAGAAGAAGCGGCGCCGCUCUCGCUCCUGCUGCCCGGAAGCCGCCGUUGCAGCGGGGGGCGGCGACAGGAAGCGGCGCAGCACCGAGGCCGGCCGCGGCCUCCCCGAGGAGAGAAAAUGCACUGUGCCCCUGGCAGAAAAAGAGGAAGCAGGUGAAGAGCCCAGUGAUAUAGAAGAAGGUGGCCUAGAUCUCACUGUGGCACUCAAACCAGUUAGUUUCUACAUUGCAGACAAAAAAGAAAUGCUUCAACAGUGCUUCUGUGUCAUAGGGGAAAAGAAAUUGCAGAAGAUGCUGCCUGAUAUAUUAAAGAAUUGUUCAAUGGAAGAAAUCAAAAGACUUUGUCUGGAACAGUUAGAGCUUUUAUCUGAGAAAAAAUUGCUGAAGAUUCUUGAGGGUGAGAAUGGGACUGACUCUGAUACUGAUGAAGAUGCAGAUGAAGCAGACAAGACUGGAGUUGAAUCACUCAGUCAACAAGACAACAGCAUAGAUUCUACUUCUUAUCUGAAGGAAGACAACAAGCUGGAAGGCCUGGAAUCAAAACAAGCCAAAGGAGAAGAUAGUGAUGUCCUCAGUAUAAAUGCGGAUGCAUAUGAUAGUGACAUAGAAGGCCCAUGCAAUGAAGAGGAGAGUCCACAUGUGCCAGAAACUGCUGUCAGAAGUGGAGCUGGUCAGAUAGAUGACCUUCAGAAGGACAUUGAGAAAAGUGUGAAUGAGAUACUGGGGUUGGCAGAAUCCAGCCCAAAGGAGUCUAAAACAGCAUCCUUGGCCGUUCCUCCAUCAGAAGAUGUUCAGCCAUCAGCACAGCAGCUGGAGCUUCUGGAGCUUGAGAUGAGGGCCAGAGCUAUUAAGGCCCUGAUGAAAGCUGGCGAUGUAAAAAAAUAGCCCUAAGGUUGUUUCAUUUACAUUUUUUAUAUUUGUUUUGAAGAGUGUGAUGUCAGUUCUUUUAAGUGCUAAAGUCUAUUUGGAUUGGGUAUGACAUUCCUCAUUCAAACCCUUUUUUGCGUAUCCUGACCUGUGGCUUAAAUUGUUGAUAGCUGUUUUCAUUGCCUCUGGUGUACUGCUUUCUGUGACUUGCACAAAUGGAUUGGUUUGACACUGGACUGGAUCAGUGUCUGUAUGCUGGGUUAUCUCUUAACAUGAAUCAGGAAGGAGUCCUAGAUUGUAUAGAUCUAUGCCAGGAUCCUGGUGCCUUUUAGAAAGGUUAAAAGAACAAUGUGGGUUUCUUUUUUAUAAUCCCUGUAGUUAGCAGUUAAAUAGACAGUUUAUUUAUUCCCUCUUGAACUUGUUAAUUUAAGUAACUUGGGUGUAUAGGUACUUCUUUAAAAAAAAAAAAUUCUGUUUUUAAGAGGUCUUUUCUGGCCUGAUGAUACUUAUCUGCUUGCAGCAUUCAGUGAUGUGAUUUGAGAUGUUUAUUUUUCAUUGGGAGCCCUGCUUACACUAAUGAAAAUAUACUAGUUAAAAAUGAAUGACAACUCCCUUCAGGAGAUUUAAAAGCAUAAUUAAUUUUUUAGAGAAUUAAAAUUGCUGAAGUGAGUUUAAAUAAGCGAUUUAGUGUUGGUUAUUGUUAGAAAGUUACAGAAGUGCCUGGAAGUAAUUCCAUUGACAAACUGUAGUAACAGGGUUUUUAUACUGUCGGUUAUUUGCUUUUGUUAUGUUUUCCCAUGACUAUCUUGUGUGUUUCAGUUGAAAACAAUAAAUUAUGUAUACAUUUUCUCUAAUUGUGAUCCUUUCUAUUUAAAUAUGGCAAAGCUCUUGAGAUGGAAUGAUGCAGGAAAUCAAACUGUUUAAAAGAUCUCUGGUCUUGAUGACAAAUGUUUUUAUAUUUAUGUGAUAGUAUAGCUUCUUCAUAUUCCCUGUAAAUAUGAAAACCUCUUUAACCUUGUUAGAGAGGCUUUCUGGAAAAGUCUCAUAAUUUAUGGAUAUUUUGAAAAGAUUCAGAAAUCAUAAAUUCCACAUUCUUCAUUUUAAGGAUGCUUGUGUAGAUUUAAUUUUUUACAGUUUAUUCUCCUAUUACGGAAUUCUAACUGCACCAAGCUAGUUUUGAUUUUGUUUAGAAGUGGUGCUAUUUUUAUACUUGACUGUUUAUACGGUCACUGUAUAUUUUUAAAAUAUACCUACUGAAUUUGUUAUAUCCCAAGUAUGUGAGUCUAAUCCUUGUUAAAUAAAAUGGUUCAUUAUGUGUA